CUCCCAUUCUCAUCUCCUCUUGUUGUUUUUUUAUCACUGGAGCCCCUCUCUCCGCUCGCCGUCCCGGAUUCACGUCAGUUUUGUGCAGAAAUUAUGGGCUUCCGAGCCCGCUGUUGAAUCAAAACCGGUCUUUAAUCACACCCUCGUGCCGAAGCCACGAAAGGAUCAGUCUGAGAUGUCACAGCUGCCCGAAAACUUCGGGCCAAACAUGCAGAAAUGCAUGGCUAGAGCGUUGUACGACAAUAUUGCCGAGUCUGCGGACGAAUUGGCCUUCAGACGUGGCGACGUCCUCACCGUGCUCGAGCAGAAUACUGGAGGAAUCGAAGGAUGGUGGCUCUGCACCCUGAGAGGACGACAGGGUAUUUGCCCUGGAAACCGAUUAAGGCUGAUCGCCGGCGUCCCUGAAGAGUUCUUCGAGGAGUCGUCGUACUUGGGCGAAGAAAUCGCCUCCCUGCAGCGAAGGGGAAACAGACGCAGCCUUCAGGUGCAGUCGAACAGAGUUGUUACGCCACAGCGGGUGGGAGACAUCUACUUGUACGACCUGCCACCGCACCACACGCAAAAUUUGGCCGCAUCCGGCAGAAACCACUCGCAGCCUGUCAUUUCCGCCUCGGGUGAAUCUUACGACGUGCCGCGGCCAAGUUUUCAGCACGUGCAGCAGUCCUACGACACGCCUCGUUCGAUGUCCUCGGCGUCGUCUUCGCCGCUGCCGCCAGCCGACUGCAGCAGUUACGACGUGCCCCGGCCCCACGCCCCCGUACAGCUCCCGCAGCCGCCUCCGCAACUCCAGCAUCAGCAGCAGGCGUACGACGUGCCCCAGCCACGGGGUGCCGUGUCCCCGGCCAGCUCGAUCUCGUCGCUGGCGACCAACGACUCGUGCAGCCAGUACGACGUGCCACCUCCGCCCGUGAAGACGCGUUCCUCCGCCACGCCGACUCCGCAACCGGCUAACACAGCUUCUCACGUGAUGAAUCCUGCGAUGCUGCUUUAUGACGUGCCGCCGACUGUCACCAAGGACGUCACUACCACGGCCGCCCUGCCGCUCGAACUCACCGCCGCACUGGAAACCCUAUCCCGAUUAGAGGCGGAGCUGCAAGCGUCGGCGGGCAAGCUGCUUGGUUUCGUGGCGCCGAACUGGCGGUGCCUGGACAGCUUGGAGCCGCGCGUUCUGGACUUAAAGCUAGCAGCCCACCGGGUACGCACGGCCCUGCAGGACCUUCUGCGCUUCGGCGAAGGCGCGCUGGGCAACGCAAUCAACGCGCCGGACAAGGGUCUGGCGCCAAAAAUGAACACGCUGAUCAGGCACUUAAAGACGUGCGACUCAAUCAUCACGGCCGCCCUCGAGAUGAUCGACUGGACGGCAGUAUUCCGCGAUGACGCCAGCGCAGAGGCGCCUGACGCGCUCGACAAACUGAUCGCUGUCGCCAAGGAGCUGCCGGACAACUGCAGGCAGACCUGCAGCUUCAUCCAGGGCAACGCGCCCCUCCUGUUCAAGCGAGACGGCCUUGGAGAAGGGCUCGAGGACUACGACUACGUCAACCUCGAGUCCAAGACCAGCCUCGCCAGGCAGCACCUUGAGACCAAGGCCAACCUGCCCCUCGCCCUCAGGGAGCACUACGAGACCCUGGUGACGACGAAGAACGAGAUCGAGGUGCCGAAUCUGGACCCGAGCGACAAGCGCGUGCUGUCGUUCUUCGCGGCGCAAGCGGGCAGCCACGCGAGCAACCUGACGAUGGCGAUCGACGCCUUCCUGCUGACGAUCGAGCAGAACCAGCCCCCGGCCUCGUUCCUGGCGCACGGCAAGUUCGUCGUGCUGAGCGCGCACAAACUGGUGUCAAUCGGCGACUCGGUGCACCGGCACGUGGGCUGCUCGGUGGUGCGCAGUAAGGUGCUGCAGGCGAGCAACGCGCUCAGCGACGCGCUCGCCAGCGCCGUCAACAAGACCAAGAAGGCCGCCCUCCACUUCCCCUCGGUGGCCGCCGUGCAGGAGAUGGUCGACGGCGUCGUCGACAUCUCACACCUCGCCAAAGAGCUCAAGGUGCAAAUUUCGCAGGCGGCUGCGGCCAAUUGAAUUUUGAGAAAUUCCGUUUUUGAAGAAGAAGAAGAAGAAACAAACGGAUUGUUUCAAGUCUAGUUCCGAGUCGAGCGUUGGGGCUGCGUGCUUUUAUUGCUUUGUUUCCCCGUAGACAUCCGAAGCUGUUGAAUUUGUGCUAAAUUUUAGAAGAAUUUAUGUUUCUCGAGUUCUGUUUGCAUUGAUUAGCAAGUUAAUGUGGAAUUAUAGUUAAUUUUUUUAUUUUAAAUAUGAUAUUACAUGAAAAGUUCCCUAAAUAACCAAUUUUUCGAAUUUUACCUGUUACUUUUUUGAGCAAAGGAAACUAAUUGCUUCCGGGGUGAGAAAAAUUAUGAAAAUUUAAUGGUCAGAAGAUAAAAAAAAUAAUACUUUUGUGUCUUGAAUUUUUUUAUCUUUUCAAAAGACUAAAAAUAAUUUUCUGUCGUUUUUGGCGCGAUUGGCUGAACUGAUUUUGGUUUCCAGAACGUUAAAUGAAAUCUUUGCACGCUUAAAAUGCAAAACAUUAGGUUUUCAGUCUGGAAUCGCGACUGAAAAUAAACGAUGGCACCAAUUGUUAGCCACUCCGAACAUAAAAAAAGUAAAUUUCUAAUUCUAGCAUCACUUUUAUCUUCAAUCCUGAUAUUCAGGAUGGGCCAGAUUUAUUCUUUUCUAACUAAAAUAAGAGAACCGUUCCAAAAACUUGCAAAUCAGUGGCUUAGAACUCGAGAAAAUAUCGCAAAUUCAGCAAAUUGAGAAAAUUGAAGUUUUAUGCAUCACGUUAUGAGUUAAGAUAAUUAUAGAAAAUGAUCAGCGAUGAAAAGGAACUCACUGUUCCCCAUCUGAACGAUCGCUGCUGUUUCUAAAAUGCUUUCCAACAUCCAGUUUUGAUUAAAAAUGUUAUAGUUUUACAACAAAAAGUGAAAUUAGUAAAUUUUAGUUUUUAAAUGUGUACGUUUAAGAGUUUGCACGGCACGCAGUCCUGACAGUUAAAAAGCACCGCUCAAAACCGCGACCACGUAUUAAUUUGGUCUCAAACUAAAUGUUCGGGAGUCCGCGUCCGGACCCCGUGGCUGCUGUACAGUCUGAUUAAUGCCUACUUCUUAAAACUGUCUUUAAUUUUAGUGUUUUUUGCCUUUUUGGCUCAUUUCCGAAUUUUAUUUUUCGACGCGUCUUCCCUUUAAUUGCCAUAUAUACACAUACAUGUUUUGUUUACAACUAUCGAGAUUCUAUUCAUUCCACCAUAUUCAUUGUAAUUUUAAUGUACGCGUAUACUGUAUACUGCGCUGUCCUGCGGCUUGUUGUUCAACGCAUUUUCUCCUCUCGGAGAAAUAUGCUUACGCUGUAAGGUCACGAAAGAAGCGGAGAAUAGUGCACCACCUUAGAAAAAAAAUUGUUGUUUCGCAUUUCGCACAAAUAGAAAUAAAAAAAUGCUUUGAGUGUGAAAAGACGAGAACCGUGCCAUUCCAAUAUAUAAAAGAAAAUCUUGCCUACAACGCAGGGUUGCAUUUGUUUUGUUUCUUCACCACUGGUUUUUAACGAUUUUUACCAAUUUCUUGCGCAGGAAAUGAAUUCAUUCCAUUUUCCCAUGUAAAAACAAGUCUAAUUUGUCAUGAGCUUGAUUAAAAACUAUCGAAAACUGAGGAGCUUGCAAGAAACUGGUUAAAAUUGAUAAAAAAAACCUUUUUUACCACUGCACUGCAAUUUUUAAAAAAUGCGGGAUUUUCGCAACCCUGCUGCAAUGGAAAUGUUUUAUAUAAAAAAAUUUGAUUAUUUGGUUGUGAUGCUACAAUAGUAUUUCAGAUUGAUUUUAACUCGAACGCGUUGUAAUCCGAAAUAAAGGAAAAAGCUGCGCAUAUACCCCAUUUGAAUCUGAA